GAAGAAUUCAAAUAACAGAGUAAUUACAGAACGAAUUUCUAUAAUUGUUUUAGCUUUAGUUAUCAUUAUAUUUAUCAACACUAGUCAUCUUUAGACGAAAUGUUUUUAAAAUUCUUAUUUCGAGUUUAUUCCCCACUUAACUACGGAAACUAAAUAUAAGCAACACAAUUACUUAAUCAUGUGCUGUCUAGUUGUAAAGUAUAUUUUACUGUUUUUCCUAAUUCGAGCUUCAAAAUCAAGACCGAGAAAAGUGUUCGAAAACUCCCGGUAUGCCCCAAAUAGUGUUGUAAUUACUCCUUUAUCAAUGGAAAAUCAAAAUGCGCCGAUUCAAGAUGAAACUAAAUCUGAAAUAGAAAAGUCUUUUAAUAAAUAUGAAAAACUUUUCACUGAAAAUAGUAGAGAAAACUCGGCAAUUCACAAAAGUGCUUCAGAUGAUAAUUUCAGAGAUACUAUGAUGUUAUCGACUGGAACCAAGCCACUUUUUAAUACGAAAUUGAAAUUUGCCAAACAGUUGGACCGACACGGAUUAAAAUUUGAGAAUGACAAACUCAAUUUUGGCAGACCUAUUAAUUCGCCAGCUAUGAAUCGUGUUCAUUUUCUGCUGAUGGAGAAGAACCGAAUCCAUCUUUGGCACCCAGGUAUAGGGAAAAAUGGUUUUCAGAGAACAAAAUUUCCUCUAUUUAAAGAACAAAAAAUUAAUGAUAGAAUUAUGCCAAAAGAAUUUGAGCAUGAAAUAGAUACAAAUUUUCCUUCAAGCACAAAAACCGAAAGGAUGUCUAGCUCAACAGAGGCAACAGAUGAUUCAGGGAAAGAAGAAUCCACAUCAAAGUAUGUUCCUGACUCAUUGAGGGGGGUCGAUUCCAAAGAACACGAUCGCUCCAAACUAUUAUCAACUCGGCUACAAAUAUUACAGAUACCUGUACAUGUUGACAACACUAAUUUGUUUCUGUUGACAAAUGAAACUAAAUUAUUCAAAGCGUUUAAUAUAUCUAUGGCCACGCUCAAAACUCAAUCAGAAGACUUCAGCUAUUUGGAAAGUCCCUAUUCUAUUGGGAUAAUAUGCGGCUUGGCAUUCCUGAUUUUGUUGUUGUUGUUUGUAGUUUGUUUAUUUAAAAUGGAUGGAAAAGGCACAACACCCGUAAAGAAGGACAAUAGUACAUCAACAACUCUACCACAAGCUCCUGGAGACAUCUUAAAAUCAUCUACAGAAAAUGUUAAUACGAGACAGGCAAAAUCUUCAGAUUAUGAAUGUGAUUGUGGCAUAGAUUUGGAGGCCCCCUUGGGUGAAAACUUAAGAGAUAUGCUAUGCGAAAUGGAUAUGCUUUUGUUUGAAUCAUCUCUAAAUCCAGAUGAUAAGCAGUGCAUCGAUAAAUUGUUGAAAUCAAAUUAUGAGAACAAUCCAUCUGGUCGUUUGGAUUUUUAAAAAAUGAAUAAAAGGGAGAAAUGGCAGACAGACAAUAAAAUUAAAAAAUUUUUGAUAGAGUCAUAUGACAUUGAUACUAGGUAACCGACUUAAAAGUGAUGAUUCAUCAGAACUUUUUCUUCACAUUGUUAAGUAAUAAUAUAUUGCAAAACUUCAGUUAUAAAUGAUUUUAAUAAAUCUUUU